AACUAAACGACGAGAUGGGUAGAAAAACGGACUUAAAUUCAUAGAUUCUAAGUUAAUUUGGCAAAUAUAAUCGAGCAUCAUGGAUUCCCUGGCAGAAGAUGACCCAACGCUGCCAGUUAAUUUUGGUGAAAGCAUCAAUUUUUCCCAGCUUCCCAAUGUGACUGCAGGGGCUGACAUCACAGCAGCUAACUUCAGUGACCACUUUCCUGACACUUCUGCACCAGCGAUCCAGAAGGUGGGCGGAAGUGGCAGGAUGUCGCCGGUACGUGCCCACACCAUGAAGGAGUAUGAGCAGCAAAUCUCUGAUCUGAAGAAGGAGAACUUCAGCCUCAAGCUGCGCAUCUACUUCAUGGAGGAGAGAAUGCAACAAAAGUUUGAAGACAAUGAUGACAUCACAACAAACAUUGAGCUGAAAGUAGAAGUCGAGAGCCUGAAGAAAGAACUGACUGAGAAGCAGCAACUGCUAGUCAAAGCAUCUAAUGCUGUGGAGAGCCUAGCCCAUGAGAAGGAUGUGAUUGCAGAGAAGAUGGAGGAAGAAAAGGAAGAUGCUCUCAGUCAGCUCAAGGAGCAGCUCGAAGGAAAAUGUCGCAGGAUCCAACAGGAACUGGAUGAGCUGGAGCGGACAAACCAGGGUCUCCAGCAGCAGGUCAACAAUGCUUCCUCUACUAAGGACAACCUGGAGGAUGACCUCCACAACAAGAAGAUGGCAUCUCAGAAGCAACACAUGGACAAUAGAGGAGUCUUAGCUGAGAAAGACAGGGUGAUAGAACAACUUAACUCAGCACUGAGAGCCAAGGAUCAAAUCAUAGGAAGACUAAACGAUGAGAAGGUCCUUACUGCAAGAAAGACGCUACAACCCUUACAAGAAGAGGUCAACAAACUCAAAGAUCAGCUACAGGAGAAAGAGGACCAAAUAGAUGAUAUGGAGAAAGGUGCAGGCAGAGAUAAAGAUAGAGACAAGGAGAGGAUACGCAAACAAUAUGAGGAUGUUUAUCUGGAACAGGAGAAGAGAGUUCGUGAGUUGGAAGAUGCAACCGAACAAUUCCAGGAUGAAAUCAGAAACAAAGCAAAGAACAUUAAGGUACCAUCUUUUGUGACAUAG